AUGGACGACAGCUCGUACAAAAUGCCGAACUUUGACCAGGAGCAAUUGGGGAAACUGCGGAAGGAAUACAAGGCGGAAUGGUUGAAAGGCGGUGGUAUUUGCACCUACGCGAGGGGACCUGGCCGGGCCGAUCCGCACGCCCUGAACCUGUCGCAUGCGGCUGGGUGGGGUGGUAUGGAGGCGGAACUGCACGUAUCCAACGCUUACUACACCAGUGAAACCAUGUCGGGGGACGUUCCACGUGCCAUCACCUUCGAGGAUCCGAAGAACAAGUUCUUCACCUCCUUCACGCUCUAUGACGAAGCUGGCUACCUCAUGGAGGGUGAGACCCAGAUCAACAGCAAGAUGUGGAAGCCUAACCCGGAAGGAACCAUCACCAUCCACUUCAACGCCAAGGAUGGUGCCAUCAACAGCCUCUCUUCCGGGGGCAAGCCGUUCAAUUACAUCGUGCGGCAUUAUGGUUGCAGCCAGCUCGUCAUGGAUGGCAAGUCGAAACCACUGAAACCAGAAGUCGUCAAGGACUGA